UUUUCGUCUUUUUUUCAUAAAUUUGACAGAUUAGGAUCUUCUUAUUCGAAUAUAUAUAUAGGCCCACCACAAAAAACUGUACGUGUGAAAUGAUCUUGGUUGGGUGACAUUUAAUCCAAUUACAAAUAUUCUGAUAUUGACUAAUCCUGUUUGUAACCUAUUUUAAUCUUGCUUUCACAUCACAGUAUGGAAAAUUAACCAGUUUCUAAAAAUACAUGAGUAAAUAGGAGAAAAUAUAGCAGACGGAAGAACUGACAUGGUCGCCACCAUAUUGAAUAGUCAAUGGCUAGGGCCAUUUGCGUUCGGGUGCUGGUUCAGACUGUAGUCUCGACCAUAGUCUACACCCGAAGGUCGCCCUGGAGACAAGAAUUUUAUUCAAGGGAGACAACUACAUUUAAAGCCCAUACGUAAACAAAUCGAAAGUAGUAGAAGCAAUGGUUGAAUUUGUAUGAUGUUGUUGUUUCUUUAUUGUAGUGAAUCGCAGUAUAUUUAGUUGAAUCGAAGUUUAAUGUCACUGAAUCGCAGUUUAACAAUUACCAGAUGUAACAGUAGAAUUGAACUUUGUAGAAAAUAGAUAGAAUUGACAUUUGAAGAAUAUUAUUGAGGGAUAUAUAAAUCUGUGAAUAUAGACUUUUGGCGUUUUUUAUUCAGUAUAAGUGUAUACGCAGAAUUUAACAUUUAUCCGUUAACACGUACUGUUUAGCAAAUGAAUGUCUGACCAAAUUAAUGUUUUUGAUUUCAUUGGAUCAUUUUAAGUUGAGGGGAAUAAUCAGACAGAAUAAGUUGCACUUUGUAGACCAACACUUAAACAUAUUGCAUACAAAGAACAGUUAAACAAGACGGUUGAUAGGAGAGCGAAAGUUGAUGGUUUGUAUUUGAUGUCAUGUUUAGUUUGUAUGGUGUACUGGGUUAGGGUUAGGGUUAGUUUGUAUGUUUAGUUUGUAUGUUAUACUAUAGAAUUGUCCAUUACACAGACUCCAGUCGUACAUACCUCGAGAAUGGUAUAUGGUUAAGGAAAAGUGCAGAACGUGUGGAAGUAUGUGAAUUUUGAUGGAUGAACAUGUUAUAUAUGUACAUACCUAAUAGUCUUUAUUUAUUUGUAUAUUUUAGUGAAGUUGAGAUAAUAACGGCCACUCGAUAUUGACCAACAUUUAAACAAGAUGGAUGACCGACGGCUAUGGUUUAAACUAGACCGAGCGCAAAGAAAAGAAAAUAUUGGAGAAAUGGUAGGAACAUUGUCAUUACAAGAUAAGAAGCCAGCUUUAAUUAUAGCUGCUAAUUACCGGUUGUAUGAAGUCAUGGUUUGUCUAUUAGAACAGGGAGUUGAUGUACAUUAUGUUAAUGGUCAUCAGAGCAACCUGAUACACAUACUUUUAAAUAACUUUUACAGACAUGACAAUGCAGGUAGACAUGAUUUGUUAUUGCAAUGUGUGGUUAAAUUAGUUGAUCUUGGUGUAGACGUCAACCAGGUGAAUGAUGAUAACGAUACCCCAAUAUUUAUAGCUGCUAAGAAAGGGUUAUAUGAAGUUGUAAUAUGUCUGUUAAAAGACGGUGUCGAUGUACAUUAUGCUGAUAGCAGUCAGAAUAACUUAAUACACAAACUUUUAGAUAGCUAUGGAUAUUUCAGACAUGACUAUACAGGUAGGCGUGAUUUGGUAUUGUCAUGUGUAGUUAAAUUAGUUGAAGCUGGUGUAGACGUCAACCAGUUGAAUAAAGAUAAAGAAACACCUAUAGUUAUAGCUGCUAGAGAAAGGUUGUAUAAAGUUGUUAUAUAUCUGUUAGAAUACGGAGUUGGUGUAAAUUAUAUUGAUCGGCACCAGAACAACCUGCUGAACACACUUUUACAUAAUUAUAACAUGCAUAACAAACUACGUGAACGUGAUUUGUUAUUACAAUGUGUAGUUAGAUUAUUCGAUGCUGGUGUAGAUGUCAACCACGUGAAUGAAUAUAAAGACACGCCUAUAUUUAUAGCUGCUAGUAAAGGAUUGUAUGAAGUUGUCAUGUAUCUGUUAAAACACGGAGUAGAUGUACAUUAUGUUAAUAGUCGUAAUCACAACAUUCUUCACUAUGUUUUGGGUUAUAUGCAUUCUUAUGUUAAAUUUGAAGAAAAAUAUAUACAACUCGUUAAUACUUUAAUAAACACAGGAUUAAACAUAAACCAACCUGACUCUGACGGUAAUACCCCGUUGUUCUUUGUCGGUAUAUACAACACUUCUGGUGGCAUCUCCCUGGUUAAUCUGGAUAAAGUGUACGGAAUGAAAUUGAAAUUAGAGACAGAACAGGACAUCUGUGUUCCAUUAAAAUGUAAAUUGAUUAACAUGUUAUUAGAUGCUGGUUGUAAUGUGAACCAUCAAAACGAACUGGGAAGGACGGCUUUAAUGAACAAUAUACAAGUCCAAGCUUAUAUCAGUAUAUUAAAACUGUUAAUUCCACAUUCUAAUCUAAGUUUAACUGAUAAUAAUGGUAAUACAGCAAUCAGUUAUUGUGUUCAAUAUCACAUGAUCAAUUCUACUGCCGUCUUUAAACUUUUAGUAGAUUUAGGUGCAGAUCUGAUGUCGCGUAGCAACGGAGUUAAGUUAUUCCAUGACAUUUUAAAAUGUAAGAGGUUGUGGGUGUUCAUUUAUUACAUUAGGCUAAAGUUGAUUGUUAAUGGUGUUACAGCUGAAGGAGAAAAUAUGUUUCACCUUUUAGCUUGUGUUAACUAUGAUUAUUCUCUAAACAAGUUUAACUGGUUGUUAAAUAACGAGCUAGACAUUAACCAUCCCUGUUCUAAAACCAACACACCGACUAUGAUAGCUGCCUUUUUAUUAAACAGCAAAUAUUUAAAACUGUUGACACAUCAUCCUAGACUAGAGAUCAAUACACAAAAUAACCAGGGCCACACAGCUCUUCAUCUGUGUAUCAUUGGAUUUACGAUGUUUAAAGAUGGGUUGAACAAGAGACAGGUAAAUGAUGAUGUUAAGGAUAAUUGUAAAAAGAUAUAUACAAUAUACAUGGCCUGUAUUGAUAGUUUACUUGGUGUUGAUGGUAUUAAUGUAAAUAUUCAAGACAAUAGGGGUAGAACUAGUUUAAUGAUGGCUGCUAUGAAAAAUGACAGAGUUCUUACAAGGAAACUACUCCAGGCUGGUUCCAUAGUUAACACGUUAGACUAUUCAGGAAGAUCAGCUCUGCAAUAUCUUGAUAUUUAUCAGAGUGUGUUUGAUUUGACUUGUUUUAAAUUACUUCUAUCUAAUGGUAAUGACAAUACUGGUCUUCUCAAUUUACCUUGUAUUGAUGGUAACACGAUUAUUCAAACAGCCCUGUGUUUUCCCCGAUUCUGGGAACCAUGUCAAGCCAUUUGUUUUAUUAGGUAUUUAGUUGCUGAAAAUUGUUGUGUUCAGACUCUCGUUACGACUUCAGGUGAAAGUAGCUAUAUUCAAAUUGGUCUUACUGAGUUAUGCAUUCCGGAGAGGGAUAAACUGCGAAAACUGUUAUGUCUCAGUGGUGCCCAUGGUGGGGAAAUUAUGAAAACUUUAAAUUUUGAUAAGGAAGAUCACACUACCCAUUCACAAGGCAGGGAAGAUUUCAUUCGUUUCUGUAGUAAUAGAUCUCUCAAGUCCCUGUGUAGGAGAAUCAUCAGACAGAAUCUUGGAUUGGGAAUACAGGCGAAGGUCAAAGAUCUAGAUUUACCCCGUGAAUUAAAUGAUUUUCUACUACUAAAUGAUGUUCUUCAUCCUCAAGAUUACAACUUAAACCAUAUUGAUGAUGGCUGUAAUUAUUUUGAUGAUGAUGAUGAUUAUGACGGCUAUGAUAUAGAUAAAGAUAGAGACGAUGAUUAUAGUCAAUAUAACUACCAGUAUUUUACUCUCAAUACAGAUCAUGAACUAAGACAUGAUUUUAUAAGAACCAGGAUAUUUCCAAAUGGUGAUUUUUGUCCUUAGUAAACACAGACAAUAAAUGAUGAUAUAAUUAUAAUACGGAUUUCCUCAUGGUCCGUAUGAUGAUGAUUUAUUUGAUGAUUAGUAUUGUGAUUAUUACACAUAUAGACAAAUAACGAUGGUGAUUAAAAUACCGAUACCGAUAUGUCGGUCAUUCUGUCAAUUCUCAACAGGAUACAGGAAUGUUGAAAAGGGGGCGCGUGCAAACCCCUAUUAUUCCCGAUAGGUCGCAUCUAAAUACAUUUUCUAGGUCUUUGAAUCUUGGUAUAUAAAAAGUUAGUAUUUAUAGUGAUACGGCUAGUUAUUGUACGUUUCACUAUAAAUAUUACAUUUUAGUUUAACUAAUUAUCAUGCGUGCUUGAAAACGAUAAGAGAAUACUUGUCAAAACGUCGUUCUAUGCCUAUAAACCAGUGAUUGUGUUGUGUUUGUUAAUGUUUAUUGAAAGUUUUAAUUUCUAGUACAGCUCUAGUUUAUGGUUACACAAUAUACAUAAUUAUUCUAGUUCUAUGGUGGGAGCCACGGUGGCUACAUGGUUAAGACGCUGGCUCGCUAGCCUGGAAGUCGGGUGUUCGAUCCCUGCAUUGGCCGAGAAAGUUCAUCCAGAUUUUCCGACGUGGUUUCCCCUUGUCAGUGGUGCAGAACGGAGGGCCUGACAAGGACAGCUGUCUAGUCCUUCGGAUGAGACGAAAAACCGAGGUCCCGUGUAUAUAUUGGAAUGCACGACAAAGAUCCCCUGGCAGUUGGAAUUCGAUAUAAGAGUAGGCGAUAGUGCCGCUGCUCGGGCGAAAUUUCCCUCAUAGCACACUGCAUGGCGUAUGCCCGUCUUCAUUAGCACAUUAUAGGAGCAGAACAGUAGGACGUUAAACCCCAUUUCAUUUCAUUUUCAUUUCAGUUCUAUGGUUUAUGUAAUGUAUUAUCUGUUUAUUGAAUAUUUUAGGCACAAUAUAAAAAAACUAUAUAAUAAAGUAUAAAGCAGAGACACAAUGUUUAUUGAAAGUUUUAAUUGCAUUCCCUCUUUAGUUUACUUUCAUUUAUAAUUAGGGAGGUUGGAUGGCUGAAUGGUUAGCGUGCGCGCACUGUAUCAUAAAGUCUGUCAUUGAGUCGACUGGCGUGGUUUCGAAUCCCCGGUUGUACGUGGCAAGGAGUAGGGUCGCCUGUCCAACCUCGUGGGUUUUCUCCGGGUCCUCCGGUUUCCUCCCACUGCUAAAGACUCCUACGCGCAAGCGAAUUAUGAAAAUAAAAUUAAACCAUAUGUUAGUCCCAAAAUGACCUAGUUUGUGUUGAGUGGACGUUAAAUCCCAUUUCUCUCUCUCUCUUUAUUUAAAGUUUUAAUUGUAUUUCCCUCUUUAGUUUACUUUCAUUUAUAAUUAAGUAAUGUAAUAAUAACCUUGUAAUGUAUAUCAUUCCUGUAUAUAGAUUAUAGUACAGUAACAGCUAUCUUGUAACGGUUACACAAUAUAUCUAAUCUAUGUAAAUAUACCCCAUGUAUAUUAUUCAUGUGUGUAAAUUAAAGAAUAGAAACGUC